AUGUCUUCUCAGAUCCUACUUGGAUCAAUCAGGGUCUCCACCAGUGUAUCGUCUCUGUCCCACAUUCGCUCCGCAGCGUUGUUAAGCAAGGCAUCUGAGGCCUCGCUUUCCACCUCCUUCCUUCCGUCGACUCGCAAAGCAUCGUUCUCUGCUGCCGGCUCUGCUGCGAGACUGCGCGUGAAGGGAGCAACUAGAUCGCGCGUGGUGGUGACCGCCAUGGCCGACAGCCAGGGGAAGCGAACUGUCCUUGUCACUGGCGCUGGCGGCAGAACAGGCCGGUUGGUGCUGGAGAAGCUUCAAAGCCGGCCGGAGUUUAACGCGAGAGGCAUGGUGCGGUCGGAUGCGAGCAAGGAGACGCUUGCACAGGCCGUGCCUGGCGCCGACAUCGUCGUUGCCGAUAUCGUCCGCCCCACGGACAAGGCCUUCGCCUCUGCGUUCGACGGCGCCGAAGCGGUCAUCAUUGUUACCAGCGCCGUGCCGAAAAUGAAACCUGGUUUUGACCCUUCUUCCGGUCAGCGGCCUGAGUUCUAUUUUGAAGAGGGAGGGGAACCUGAGAAGGUUGAUUGGCUCGGCCAGAAAGCACAGAUUGAUGCCGCUAGGCGGGCAGGAGUGAAGCAGGUGGUGAUAGUGGGGUCUGCAGGUGGUACCAACGAAAAGCACCCCCUUAACUCUUUGGGCAAUGGAAACAUACUGAUUUGGAAGCGCAAGGCAGAGCAGUAUCUUGUUGACUCAGGCAUUCCGUACACCAUAAUCAGAGCCGGUGGACUUUUGGAUAAGGAUGGUGGGAAGCGCGAACUGCUGGUGGGCAAGGAUGACGAGUUCCUCUCCAGCAACACUCGCACCGUGCCUCGUGCAGACGUUGCUGAAGUCUGCGUGCAGGCUCUUCUCUUCAAUGAGGCAAAGAGCAAGGCUCUUGAUCUUGUGUCACGUGAGGAGGGAGACGGAUCUGUCACCACUGACUUCAAAGCUCUUUUUGCACGAACAACGCCCGGGAUGUGA